CCUUACUCGAGCACUAUCAUCAAAGAAGCAAAGAAAGCAAAGAAGAAAGAAGACCUUUUACCGAAAAGCGGGACCUUCCAUUUCAAAAAAAAUUACACCAUUUUUCACUUCAAUUUCGUUAGACUUUCAUCCAUCUCUGAAAACUCACAACAAUACGCACACAAAAAAUUCACUCUCUCACUCUCUCUCAUCUCAUACACUAUCAUUCAAAUUCACAAUCACUUGUAAAUUGCUUAUUUUACGCAACUUCAUCGUUUCUUACAAAAUUUCUCCGAUUAAACUUUCACAUUCAUCAGAUCUGUUCUAGGGUUUUAGCGUUACUUUUAGUAUUUUUAUUCAUCCUCUUUUGUUAAAUUCGAAUCACAUGUAUUUACGAUCUUAAAUUAAUUCGAUGAUUUGGUCGGUGAUUUUGAAAUCCUAGGGUUUUAGGUUACGCAUAUUUAAUUUUGGGGGAAAUGCAGAGCUCAACGAGCUCAGCAAUGGCGGCUCAACCUGAAGCGAUAUUGGAAUGGCUACAGAAGGAGAUGGGAUACAGGCCUGUAGGCCCAUACACGGGUACAAGUAGGGCUGGGGUGGGCCCAUCGGUUGAUGCAAUUAGGAGGGUUUGUAGAGGGAAUAUGAUUCCAGUGUGGAAUUUCUUGCUUCAGAGGGUGAAGUCGGAGAAGACGGCGGAGACGAUACGGAGGAACAUAUUAGUACAUGGAGGUGGUGAUGGUGGUGGUGGUGGAAAGGGGAAGGAGGUUGGGAAGAGGAGAGAGAAAGAGAGAGGGAAAUCCGAGGCGUUGCAGGAGAGAGAGGUGGCUGAGAGGGAGGUUGAGAGGUUGAGGCAGACUCUUAGGAGGCAGAGGAAAGAGCUUAAGGCGAAAAUGUUGGAGGUUUCGAGGGAGGAGGCCGAAAGGAAGCGUAUGCUUGAUGAUCGUGCUAAUCUCAGGCAUAAACAGGUUAUGUUGGAGACAUAUGAUCAGCAAUCUGAUGAUGCUGCCAAAAUUUUUGCUGAAUAUCAUAAACGUCUUCGUUAUUACGUCAGUCAGGCUAGGAAUUCUCAGAGGUCCAGUGUUGAUCUCUCUACUGAAGUGGCUAGUACUAUGCAUGCGAGCAGCGAAAAAGAGGCUGUGUACCCUAAUGUCAAGGGAGCCAAAGCUGCUGAAGAUGUCAUUCUUAUUGAAACGACUCGCGAAAGGAAUAUUAGAAAAGCCUGUGAGUUUCUUGCAUUACAUACACUUGAUAGAAUACGCGGCUCUUUUCCAGCUUUUGAAGGGAGUGGGGUGCACUCAAAUCCACAGUUAGAAGCUGCUAAGUUGGGCUAUGAUUUUGGCGGGGAAAUACCUGAAGAAGUUAAUACUGUUGUUGCGAAUUGCCUGAAAAGUCCACCUUUGUUACUUCAAGCUAUCACUGCAUAUACUCAGCGGUUGAAGACACUGAUUACUAGAGAAAUAGAGAAAGUUGAUGUUAGAGCAGAUGCUGAAGCACUCAGGUACAAGUAUGAGAACAACCGAGUAAUGGACGCUUCUUCGCCAGAUGCGCCAUCGCCAUUAGAUUAUCAACUUUAUGGUAACGGAAAGAUAGGGGAAGAUUUACCUUCAAAAGGAAGUGAAAAUCAGCUUCUUGAAAGACAGAAAGCUCAUGUUCAACAAUUUGUGGCUACAGAGGAUGCUCUUAAUAAGGCUGCAGAAGCUCGAAGCAUGUCUCAGAAGCUUCUAAUGCGUCUGCAUGGAAGUGGAGAUGUUAGUUCUCAGUUGCCAAAUGUUGGAGGAACGUCACAGAAUGUUGGAAGUCUUAGGCAAUUUCAGUUAGAAGUAUGGGUGAAGGAGAGAGAAGCUGCUGGAUUGAGGGCAAGUAUAAACACAUUAAUGUCUGAGGUGCAGCGGUUGAAUAAGUUGUGUGCUGAGAGGAAGGAAGCUGAAGAUUCUUUGAAAAAGAAAUGGAAAAAGAUUGAGGAGUUUGAUUCUCGGAGAUCUGAACUUGAAUCCAUAUACACUGCUCUACUUGACGCUAACAAGGCUGCUGCUUCAUUUUGGAGUCAACAGCCCUUGCUUGCUCGUGAAUUUGCGUCAAGUACUAUCAUCCCAGCUUCUACAAUUGUGAUCGAGUUAUCCAAUAGUGCGAAGGAUCUAAUUGAAAAUGAAGUUUCAUCUUUUCUGCAAAGUCCUGAUAAUAGUCUUUACAUGCUGCCAGCAAGCCCACAGGCUCUCUUGGAGUCCAUGGGUGCUAGUGGGUCCACCGGACCUGAGGCCCUUGCUGCUGUAGAGAAAAGUGCUGCUCUGUUGACUGCAAGAGCUGGCGCAAGGGAUCCAUCUGCAAUUCCUUCCAUCUGUCGCAUAUCUGCUGCUCUUCAUUUCCCUUCUGGCUAUGUAGUGAAUAAAUCACUUUGUGGUGAAGGAUCAGAUGAUGGUUUGGCGUCAGUUCUAAAAGCGAUGGAGUUUGCUUUGAAACUACGGGGUUCUGAGGCCUGUGUUCUGGAGGACUUGGCAAAAGCGAUCAAUUUGGUUCAUAGUCGGAGAGACCUUGUCGAAAGUGGCCGUACAGUGUUAAACCAUGCUCACCAUGCACAGCAGGAUUAUGAAAGAACUACAAGGUACUGUCUUUCAUUGGCCUCUGAACAAGAGAGAACUGUGGUUGAAGAAUGGAUACCUGAGCUCAGAAAUGCUGUAAUAAAUGCUCAGAAGAGCUUGGAAGAUUGCAAAUAUGUCAGGGGGUUGCUUGAUGAAUGGUGGGAGCAACCAGCAUCAACUGUUGUUGACUGGGUUGCAGUUGAUGGUCAAAAUGUUGGUGCUUGGCUCAAUCGCGUCAAGCAGCUUCUUGCCUUUUAUGACAAGGAACUAUUAUAAGUGCCUAUGGAGCGUUCUCACUGGACAAAUAUCAUUAUUUUCUCCAUCAACCACUGGCAAUUCUCACGUUUUGGCCUAGAGGUUGCUUGGAGCCUUAAAAUCAGGCUUAGUGCAACUUUGCAAGUAUUACAGUUUCUAGGCUCAUGGAGGCAAUGGAAGAAGAUCAUCUCAUUACUAAUAGGAGGUACAGGACAUUUUUCCCACCUAAGCUCCCCAGACCCCUCCUUUCUACUCCUUCCCACUCCUCUUUUUGUACAGCAUCUUAUCCUCUUGUAUAAAUUUUGUAUCCGUUUUUGCACCGGGUUUGCAUGCCACUAGAAGGGCAGUGUAUUAUUCAAGUUUCACCUGAUUUCUCCAUUUUAAGAGAGCAGUGUCGUGUGAUUUAUUAAUGUAAAGAAUUGUACUUGUAGACCUCAUUUUUAUUCUAAUGCUAAUGGAAUGUCAUUCUUUUUGUA